AACGAACGGCACAGAUCUCUUCAAUCUAAAACCCUAGCUUUCUUUUAAUGCUUGCUUCUAUCUAUACCGGAUCAUCCUCUCCUGCGCGACCCUAGGAGGCUGGGGGAGAAGGCAUCCUUCCGCCAACAAUGGGUGCUUACACGUACGUAUCGGAGCUAUGGAGGAAGAAGCAGUCGGAUGUGAUGCGUUUCUUGCAGAGGGUUCGAUGCUGGGAGUAUCGUCAGCUCCCUUCCAUCGUCCGCGUCACGCGCCCCACCCGCCCGGACAAAGCCCGGCGCCUCGGCUACAAGGCCAAGCAGGGGUAUGUAAUCUAUCGUGUUCGUGUUAGACGAGGAGGCCGAAAGAGGCCAGUUCCCAAAGGUAUUGUUUACGGGAAGCCUAAGAAUCAGGGUAUCACUCAACUCAAGUUCCAAAGAAACAAGAGGUCUGUAGCUGAGGAGAGAGCAGGACGGAAGUUGGGAGGUCUGAGGGUGCUGAACUCAUACUGGGUCAAUGAGGAUUCGACCUACAAAUAUUAUGAGGUCAUCCUUGUUGACGCUGCUCACAGUGCAAUACGCAAUGAUCCCAGGAUCAACUGGAUCUGCAAAGGAGUUCACAAGCACCGUGAGCUUCGUGGUCUUACUUCGGCUGGCAAGAAGUACAGAGGUCUCCGAGGGAAAGGCCAUCUGCAUCACAAGGCCAGACCAUCUCGCAGAGCAACCUGGAAGAGGAACCAGACUCUUUCUCUCCGCCGCUACCGCUAAGAUUGUGCUUUAUGAAAUGUUUGGACUCUGGCCUUUUUUAAUGGAUGCGAAGGUGGUAGAUGCGAAGGUGAUGUCGAUUUUGGUGUCUUAUAAAAUGUUGCCUGUUCGUGGUCUCUGUCUGGAAUUUUCACAACCUUCAAAUUUCGUUUUACAUCAUGCAUACACUAUAAGUCUAUAAUUACGGCUCUAUGUGGAUUUCAAAUUUAUCUUAUUUAAAACUUGAGUCAUGUGGUUAGGAUGAGGUGUGUGACAGUAUUUAACAAUCUAAUAUAAACUAUUUGUGGGUAUUCUUGAGAUUA